AUGGCGGGACCGCAUCCGCGGGCCAGUAACUCCCCGUUCGCGACACGCCAGCGCUCCUUCCUGCUCCACUCAACCACUCACACUCGCGUUGCAAUUGUCGCCGCGCUGCUAGUCGUCUCUCUCUUUCUCGUCCUCCCGCAAUCCACGCGCGAGCUUCUAUUCCACACCGGCACCCCACCAGAGUCCCUCUCCCCGUCAGCGUUUCCGGAGCUCGAGACUACCAAUGCCACGUCAGGCAAGAAUGUCCACGUGGACGCUGACGUGGAACAUGUCACCCGGUCGCCUCUGGUCCCGCUGACGGUGCUUGCUGACCUGGAUGAUGACGGCGCAGUUUGCUUAGACGGCUCGCCGCCAGCCAUCCAUCUCUCCCCCGGAUGGGGUCGCGGGGCCAACAACUGGCUGAUUUACCUCGAGGGCGGGGGGUGGUGUAACAGCGAGGAGGAGUGCGCGCAUCGCGCCGCCACCCAUCUGGGUUCGUCCAAGCGCAUGGGGGGUCUCAUGGCCUUCGGAGGGAUCCUCUCCCAUGACCCUUCAGUCAACCCUGACUUCUACAACUGGAACCUGGUCCUCUUUCGUUAUUGUGACGGUGCCUCUUACCUGGGUGACACAAACGAGCCACUCCAGACAAACAACGGUCUUGUCCUUUUCCGGGGGAGGCGCAUCUUCGACGCGGUAACCCGGUACCUCGUCUCCCACCACGGCAUGGGGGCGGCAUCGUUUGUCUUAUUAUCCGGCUGCUCUGCUGGCGGGUUAGCCGCCUUGCAGCACUGCGAUAGGCUGGCGGAGAUUCUCCAGCAAUCCUUCAGCCAAUCAGCAAGCAAGGGAGCAGGAUCCGUGGAAGGAGAGGAGGAGAGCGCGAGAGAAGCGAGAGGGCAGGUGGGGGGAGGCCCGGUGGUGAAGUGCAUGGGUGAUGCGGGGUUCUUUCUGGACUCGGAGGAUGUUGGAGGAGUGAGGCGCAUGCGAGAGCGGUUCAGAGCGGUUGUUCAAACUCAGUGCUUCUUCCCAGAGCAUCUCCUGCCCUUCCUCCACCGGCCCUUCUUCAUCCUCAACCCCCUCUACGACUCCUGGCAGGUGUCCUUCUCGUUCGCCCAGCAUCAGGCUUUUCCUUCCCUAGACUGGCAUCGCUGCCGUACUGACCUGCGCUCCUGCCCCCCCCACCUUCUGCAGCUCCUCCACGAGAAGGGGGAGGAAGAGGUGGGGAAAAGGGGCAGAAGAGAUGGUGAUGGUGAGGAGGAGGAGGGGGAUGAUGGCGAGGGUAAGAGCGGGGAGGACACGGGAGGUGAGGAUGAGAGAGGGAGUGAGGAGGAGAAGGAAAGUCAGGAGGAUUCGGGGAGUGAAGAGAAGAGGGGGAGUGAGGAGAGGGAAAAGAAUGAGGACGCAACGGGAAGUGGCGGUGGUGCACAUGCGGAGGGGAACGAGGAGGAGGAGGAGGGAGAAGGGGAGCAGGAGGAGAAGGCAAGUGCAGAUGAGAGGGCAUCCAUGGGAGAGCAAAAGGGGCUGGUCGCUAGUUCUGAGGCGCGUGAAUACAAGGAGGAGGAGGGAGAAGGGGAGCAGGAGGAGAAGGCAAGUGCAGACGAGGGGGCUGACUCGGGAGAGCAGGAGGGGAUGGAGGUUGGAGAGGUGGGGAGGGGUUUUGGAGAGAUGGGGAGGGAUGUGCAUGGCGCUGUGGAGCAUGGGACUUUCUCUUCCGAGGUCUCCACAUCUGAGUCACACAAUGGAGCACUACUGCUGUCCUGCCAUCUGCAUUGCAUGGCACUGGCAUCGCAACUAUGGCACAGUGCUGGGGCUCCUCGUGUUGUAGGCAAGGCUAUCAUCAGUUUCACCAUCACUAGGUUUACAACGUACCCCAUGGCGCGACUACUCUUCGUCGUAUCGUUCGCCGUCCUGCUGGCGGUGGCGUCCGCAGGACAAACCGUCGUGACGGGACCCAACAACCCCGCGGUGAACCUCGACCAAGCCAAGGGCGACAAUGGCGUGGCGACGGUGGUCCCUCCUGGCAUCGAGAAGGCCGCGUCUGCGGGCAAGCUGGACAACUUCGAGGGGACAACGAUCGUGAGCCCGAGCACGGACAGCAUGCUGAUGGUGGACGUGAAGCAGGCCGGAUGGAACAAGAUGAAGUGCCACAAGGACCUGGGCAAACCCGGGGACGGCGCGUGCACGCCCGCCAACUGCAGCAAGGGCGGCAUCCCCGCCAAGUGGAAGACGUCGAACCUGCUCAAGAACAAGCUGGGCGUGGAGGUGUACGUGAAGGGCAACCCGCUGACGCUCAAGAAAGCGUCGCCGCAGACGUGCUGCAACACGUGCGCGGGGUUCAGCAGCUGCACAUACUGGCAGUACAUUCCCGAUAUUACCAUCGACGGCAAGAAGACGGACGGCGCGUGCUACCUGGUGCACGACAACAUCGACUACACGUGCGGCGAGCUGACGGCGCAGUACGCGACGGACUCGAAGCCCAUCGCGCUGCAGUCGAGCUCCGUGCUGUCCGUGGACUGCGCGCAAACCGAGUACCACCGCGCCAAGCAGCUGAGCCCCGUCGAGGAGUUCCCUAGGGAGCCCCUCAACUAA